CUCUGUGUGUCUGUAUCUCUUAGUGUGUCUAUCUCUCUGUGUGUCUGUGUGGUCACUGUAAGCAAAGUCUCUUCCUGUAGGCUGCAGGCGUGGUGAACUCUAGUGAUGUGGGGGCGGGGACUGCAGGAGCACAGGGGUGUGGUCUGAUGACUGUAACCGAUACCUUAGAAGACGUCACCAGUGACUGGACGGACAGAGAGACGGAUGGAGUGAAGGAGGACGGAGAGGAAGAGAAGUUCCUAGUAUCUCCAGAGCUGAAGAUAAGUCCAGGGACAGUCAGACAGGAAGUCUCUACGGCCAUCUUGGACAAGAGAGGAACACUCAUCAUCCUGAGGGAGAUGGAGUCUGAAGACAAAAUGGACGCCAGCAGAGACGUUACCAAGACCAACCAGGAGAAAGGAGGGGGGGCUUCAGCAAGCGUUGAGGAGGGUGAAGAUGACGAGCUAGAUGGCGAUCCUCUCACCAGAUCUAAGGAGAAAUAUUCCAUAAUCAACACGAAUGAAGAUGAGACCGGUGGUGAGGUAGAUGCUGAGACCAUGUCUAAGGAGACCAGCGACAAGAGAGAGAGAUCUCUCAACUUAAGCCAGACUGAGACUGAUGAAGAAAUGAGUGGCGUUAACUCACUGAAGAUGAGUGUUGUUGACUCACUCCAGAAGACUGAGGCUCCAGUUGACAGGUCAGAGUUCACCACCGUGUCACGUGAGAAGGUGACGGAGCUGAUUACCCAGGAUGCACCGCCAAAGAGAGAGGAAUCGUGUGGCCUGGAUGAAGCUGUGAGCGACCUAUCACAGUGGACCUUCCCCGACGGUCAAUUUGCCACCAAACCAUCCCCUGGAUCUCUAGCUGUGUCUUCACUGGGAUGGGUCCCCUCCUCAGUAACCAAGAGCCCUGCUGAAGAAGAGGAGGAAGAGGAGACCGGAGGGAGACAGGAGGCUGCUGAGACAGCACAGUCUACAGGACUGACGAAACCCGAGGCUGUGCCAGCAGAGGAGUCGACCACCAAGGAGGUACCUGUAGUCCACACGGAGACGAAAACCUACGAGUCUUCAGAGGGUGACUACGAUGGCGACGUGGAACCCGGGGUUCUGAUGAGCGCACAGACCAUCACCUCGGAAACUACCAGCACCACCACGACCACGCACAUCACUAAGGUAUUGGUAUGGUACUUCGCACCCCCAACUCCCCGUCCUCCCCCCGCCCCCUUCUGUCCAUCCCAUCCCUCGCCUUUCCCCACCUGCUCUCCCGUCAUCCGUCCUCCUCCUCCCCCCAGUCCUUCAAACCUGCCGCCUCCCCCUCAUCCUGUCCCCUAG